GGCUGAUUUUAACGGAAGGAUUCUUCAAAAGGGCGAACAUGCACAGACACAAAUGCAUCCAACGGUGUGGAGUUGGAAUGUAAUAACUACCGACAUAUGAGAUUCGCCUUUGUGUUUACCUAAGGUCAAACUCUCGUGAUUUUCCUACGCUCUCGAAUUUGAUGAUGCUUCCCAGUAUAAGUGCAAUUGCGGUUGCACUACCUGUCGUAGCGCUUGGAACUGUUAACGGACGACGCCUGUGCGCUCCGUACCUUCGCCAUGCUUUCGUGUAUCUGUGCAGACUUAUGCCGCGAAAAUGGCUCUAUGCAACCUUGAAAUUAUCGUCACUAAUAUCUUACACCUUGUUCGACUUGGCUCUUGAACUAACAAAUGUACCAACUCCUACAGAGAGUUCAUGGCUCAGACGCGUUCGCUCACUUCCUGCCAAAGGAACUUGGAUUGGCCCCAACGUCGCUGAAACUCAAAAUAUCAAAGACUGGAUCAUGGAUAGUAAUACAGCAGACAUUAUCAUCUUUUGGAUACAUGGCGGCGGUUUCGUUUUCGGUUCCGAUACCAUGUACGCUCCUGCUCUUAUCCAAUUGGUAAAGCAGCUGACAAACGAGCACAAAAAGAAUGUGCGACUAUUUUCCUUAGAGUACGGGCUGGCACCUAAGCAUAAAUGGCCAUCUGCUCCAACUGAAGUACUGGAAUGCUACCGCAACUUGGUACAAAAACUGAAGAUUCCAGCAUGUAAAAUCAUAGUCGCUGGUGACUCAGCGGGUGGUGGUAUGGCAGUAUCUUUAAUUCAUGACAUUAUGAAGGAAUCACUGCCUCUUCCUCGAGCUGCACUCCUUGUUUCCCCAUGGGUCAAUCUGGAUUUGGCUUCACCAACCUAUCAAACCCUUGCCAAAGACGAUUACUUGACUUUGGCAGCCGCCAAGCAAUUCCGCACCCUGUACUUGCCAACCGACAUGAGUCCUACCGAUCCACGCGUUUCUCCAAUUUAUCUUCCCUCGCUACAACUUUUCCCACCGAUGCUAGUAAUAUAUGGCGCAACCGAGGUAUUCUCACAUGAUAUUGCAGCUUUCGUCAAAAAGUGCCAGAAAGAUGGUGUGGAAGUCGACAGCGUGGCGCCACCGGACUCUGCGCAUGUAUGGUUCAUGAUGGAGCACCUCUGUGCCAAUGACGGCGUAUGGUAUAAUGCAGUGAGGGAUACUGCGAAUUGGUGUGCCCAACAGUUUUUGUCCGGUACAAGUUCCAAAAGUUUAUAGUACGAACGACGCUUGCAUUGGAUAAGUCACCACACACGCAUUGCAGAACUACACUUUGAUGCUUAGGCACUCGUUAUGACCGCAACCUCAUUUGUCAUAUUUAAUGUCUGUACAUUGUAUAUACCUAUUUGGCGCU